AUGCAGUCGAUACGACAAUACAGGCGCUUCCGGACAACUGUCAAGGCACAAGUAGAGCGUGACAGGGCCCGAGCACAAGGCUUGCACUCCGAACAUCAUGCCCGGGACUCGCCACUCUCUUCAGAAGAGGACAAGACCGACCUCGAGAAAGCCGAAAGCUACCACAGUCUACCUCAUGGCGUCAACCCGGGCGAAGUCAACCCAAAUCUCGGUCCUCCCGGCCCUAGCGAGGAGGUCGACAUCAUGCAGCACAAUCAGCGGCCUGAGCAGUACGAGGAAGCCGAAUCACCAAACCAAGAGAACCUCGACCAGGACGACGAUGACGAUGAAUUACGACAGCAGCGGACUACGCUUUCUAGAAUAACGACACAGCACUCUGCUAUGACAGAUCGUACAGCACUGGGACGGGCACUGACUGGCAUCAAUAUCCGGAAGCGAUUGACAAAGGAAGGUGGUGAAGGCAACGUCUUCAUCGUUGGCUAUGAAGGUCCGCACGAUGAGAAUGACCCGCAUCAUUGGUCUUUUUGGAUCCGCAUUCCAUGCACGUUUCUGAUUGCUAGUAUCGGAUGUGUCGUUGGUAUUGCCAGCGCCAUCGAUAGUAGUGCGCUGCCUCACGCAGCAGCAGAGUUUGGUGUAUCCGAGGUGGUAGAGUCCCUGGCUACCGGGCUCUUUCUGAUCGGGUUUGGGGUUGGCGCUCUCUUCGCUGGACCAAUAUCCGAGACCGUCGGGAGGAAUCCAGUGUACAUCGUCACACUGGCCGUCUAUAUGUGCUUCAUCCUUGGCUCUGCAUUAGCCCCUAACAUUGGUGCGCAGCUAGCAUUACGAUUCUUUGCGGGAUUAUUCGGCAGCACGCCUCUUACCUGCGCGGGUGGCUCGAUCAGCGAUUUAUGGUCUCCACUGGAAAGGGUCUUUGCCUUCCCGGUAUUCGCAAACGCUGCGUUCACAGGACCGUUACUAGGCCCAGUCAUGGGAGGCUUCAUCGUCCAAUAUAUUGACUGGCGAUGGGUCGAAUGGGUCACACUCAUCGCAUCCGGCCUCGUGCUCACUCUCGUGGUCCUGUUCCAGCCAGAGACAUAUCCACCUAUACUGCUUAAAUGGAAAGCCAAGCACUUGAGAGAGCUCACUGGUGACCAGCGUUACAAAGCAGAGAUCGAGGUACGGGAAGAGAGUCUGCCACAUCGACUGAAGCGAGCACUGUACCGACCAAUUUUGCUCACGAUCCGUGAGCCGAUCAUCAUGCUUGUGGCACUGUACCUCUCGGUCAUCUAUAUUGUGCUGUUCAGUUUUCUAGACGGCUACACCUACAUCUUCACCGACAACUACGGGCUAUCUGAGGGUCUGACUGGUUUGUGUUUCCUCGGGAUCAUUAUCGGUCUCUUUGGUGCUUCUGCACUAGUGCCUCUGAUAUAUAAGUGGGCGAAAGUGGAGAUGAAAAAAGCUGAAGAGGAGGGAAGAAGAGGUAUCUCGCCAGAGUUUCGGAUGUGGUUCUGCAUGCUUGGGGGCUCUUUCGCCAUACCCAUCUCACUCUUCUGGAUGGGCUGGACUGCUAGACCAGACAUCUCAAUCUGGUCGCCUCUGGUUGCAUCAAUCUUUUUCGGCUACGGCAUCUUAACAGUUUUCAUCUCGUGCUACCAAUACAUUAUUGACAGCUACGAGACAUAUGCAGCGUCUGGACUGGCCUCCAUAACGCUCAUUCGAUACGUAAUGAGCGGAGCAUUCGUCGUAAUAGGCAUUCCAUGGUACGAGAAUCUAGGCGUGCCUUACACGUGCACUAUCUUAGCAUGCCUGAGUAGCUUGCUCGUGCCGGUACCUUAUUUGUUCUAUAUCUAUGGCCCAAAAAUCAGAAGCAUGUCGAAGUAUGCUGUGACCAGCGAUUGA